CUCCCUUCAACAAAAACCAACUUCAAAAACCCCAAACUAUAUAAAACCCAAGAAAUAAAAGAAAAUCUCUCCUUCUCUCCCUUGAUUGAUCGAGAUCUCUCCGCCAUGGCUGCAAAUCGGAGCCUUAGGUUCUCAAUCUCUAUCUGAUAUCUUCUCUCAAUCUCUCUAUCUUGCAAUUCCAUCUUCCGUUUCUUCCCGAUGGAAGACGAAUUGCAGAAGCGAAACACGGAUUGCGUGUAUUUCCUUGCAUCUCCCCUCACCUGCAAGAAGGGAAGUGAGUGCGAGUAUCGGCAUAGCGAGAGUGCACGGCUUAAUCCAAGGGAUUGUUGGUAUUGGUUGGGUGGGAAUUGUCUUAAUCCAACCUGUGCUUUUCGGCAUCCUCCGUUAGAUGGGCGCACAGAAACGUCCUCAGACACGGUCCAUGUACCACCUCAUUUAUCUGUAGCCACAAGCAAGACAAAUGUGCCUUGCUACUUCUACUUUAAUGCAUACUGCGUUAAAGGUGAAAGCUGUCCAUUUCUGCACGGACCAAAUGGAGUUUCAUCUGCUUUGAAAUCCACAAAGGCAGCCUCUGCAGGUGCAGACACCCAUCCUCUAGAAAAUAAGCCUUCCACUGGAAGUGACACGGGACCAGGGUCUGUAGAAGCACCUCCCAAACAAGUUGAAAGAACCUCAAAGACGGUGAAUGUACAGUUUCAGUCUAAGGAUGUUCUUCAACUUGGGGCUCCUAAUAAUGUCAUAGAACAUAGCCCCUCUCCACAGAUAUCUGUUCCCGACUGCGAAGAGGCAACUGGAAAGCUGUUAAACACGCCACCCCCGGAGGCCCACUUCAUCAAUAGUAAUAGACCCCUUUUAUGCUCAGAUCAGAGUUCUGAGGAGCCAGCAAAUGAAUGUGUAGAGCCAGAUGAGAGAUGGGAAUCAUCACCUGGAUUUGAUGUACUUGUGGAUGAUGGGUCAGAGCAGCUGGGUUAUGAGGAUGACCCAGAAUAUUUACUAGCCCAUGAUAGGGAGACUGGGAGGAGGCUUCAUGGCCAUUUGCUGCAAUACGAUUAUGAAGAUCAAGUUGAGUAUGACCACAUGGAUUACCCAGAGAUUUUAUAUGAGCACAGUGCUUAUGACUCCUAUGAUCAUUUGGAGAAGGACCAUCCUUCUGAGCAUGUUCGAAAAGUUCCUGACCACUCCAGGGAAAGGAUGCUGGCACCAAUGAUGUUCCAGAGAAGGAAAUUGUUGCCUAGGGAACUGGAAGUCGACGGUCGAAAUGGUGUAGAUCUUCGAGACCACCUGAGGAAGCGCAAGAGGGAUGGUCAUCAAGUGUCCCGUUCUCAGAAGCGCCACUCAUCUCAUAUUAAUGAUGGUAGCAGGGAGCGACCUGUGAGACGUGCUGUGGGCCGCCGUCUCCAUGGAAGGUUGGCAUCAGAGGUUGGAAAGAAUAUGAUCGGGUCGCACAGCGAAUCUGAGUCUCGCUUGAAUGGUAAUGACAGACCAGGCCGGUUGAGACACUCACAGUCUAAGCACAAUAGGCCCAGGCUUCCUGGGAAGGAGAAAAGGAGAAGACAUGCAAGACAGCCGACAGUUCUUUCCUCAGAGAUCUCAAGAGGUAUGAUUGGGAAUGAUACAAAUCGCACAUCGUUCACAGGACCAAAGACCCUUGCACAGAUCAAAGAAGAAAAGAGGAGAGUAGGGGCAGAUGAAGGUAACUCCAGAAACACUGGCAAUGUCAUUCAUAAACGUACAACUCGAGGUGAGUCUGAAGAUUUUCAGGGCCCCAAACCACUUCGUGAACUAAUCAAAGACAAAAGAAGGCUUGGUUCGGAGCAUGAGCAUGUCGAGCUUCCCAUUUCUCGUCCUGAGAUGGAUGACUGGCAUGUAGACAAAGAUAAGGAAACGGGUUAUCAGCGAAACAAUGAAAAGCAACUCAGAGAAGAUGAAUUUGAGUCUGUCUAUGAUGACGAUGACGACGAUGACGGGCUUGAGAAAAAGCUCGCUGGCAUACUUGCUUAAUUUUUGAAAGUUCAACGCAAACGACUUGGUUCUUAUCUGGUUCUGGCAUAUACUCUUACUAGAAGUAGAUGAAUUAGGGCAGGCUCCCAUCUGGAAUGCACAAUAGGUUUCAAUGCUUUCAUCACAAUCAUCUGUCCUGAUUUUAGUAUUGCGUUUUCUUUCCUGUAUAGAGCUGCUGAUUUUCCAUUACUCAUGCAGUGUUCUUCUUUAGUUAAUCUCACUUAAUCAUUGUAUUGUGUUGUGGGUAAUGCUGUAGGGUUUGCCCCAUUUUGAUUGCUUCUGGCUGCGUAAAAUGAAAGCCGUCCCAUUUUGCUGACUCCA